AUGGCGGACGCGGAUUUCGAGGAAUUUCGCCAAAACCUGGAUAAAUUACCAACAUACAGCAAAGCUCCUGCCCCGUUUUAUUCUUUGGUGCCGGAUGUGGAUUUAGAUGAGGACACACCAUCGAGCAAGAGUGGCGAUGGUUCGGACCACGAGGACGCACCGAGCGAAGCGGAUUCGGUGCUAGAAAAGGCUGCCCCGAGUAAAACGCAGCAGAUCAUCCAAACCAUUUCAACCAUCAGCAGCAGCAGUACCGAGGAUGACGAGAUUGGUGACGGGUUGAAAACUGUCCACGUUCUGGGUCCGUUGCUCGGUAAAAUGGAUUUACUUGCGGAACCAGGUGCGGGCACAGAAACGGCCCAGGAUAAACACAUGCAGCUGGCACUGUGUAACACAACAUCCUCCCAGUUGGCAAGGGCCAGCUCGCUGCCCUGGAUUCCGGGUCAAGUCGAACGGAGACGGCGUAAGCUUCCGGAGAUUCCUAAGGAUAAAAAAUCUUCUGUUUUGCAAAUGCUUUCUUCGGGACAAACAUCGCUGGCCGAUGAGCUGAAUGCCACCCGCAAAAGCAAUCCACAGCAAACAUUCAUUAAGCAAAACUCCUUGCUUGCGCUCAAAUGUAGCUAUCUGCUGGAUGAGGACUCAAGUCCGGACUCGGAUCGGUUACAAAGCUUGGGCGAUGUGGACAGUGGCCACAGUACCGCGCAUUCGCCUAACGACUUCAAAAGCAUGUCCCCGCCGGCACCGCAAGCAUCCUCACCCGCUACAUCACCGUUUCCGCCACCGUACGGUGGAGUUCCCUACAGCCAGCUUGAAAUGCUAGAAGCGACCCAUCGCGGACUUCACAAGUUCAUCCCUCGACAUCACGACGAGAUCGAGCUGGAAAUCGGAGAUCCGGUCUACGUACAGAAGGAAGCCGAGGACCUCUGGUGCGAAGGGGUAAAUUUGCGCACCGGCCGUCAGGGAAUUUUCCCGUCGGCCUACGCCGUCGAUCUGGACUACAACGAUUUCGACCCGACGACGAUGGAGAUGAAGCGCGAGCGGUACCUGGUCGGGUAUCUCGGUUCGGUGGAAACACGGGAACACAAGGGAACGGAGGUGGUUUGUCAGGCCGUUCAGAAAAUCAUCCGAAGUAAGACCGAAUCGCCGAAGGCACAGGCCUGCAUACUGGAGAUCUCCGAUCAGGGCUUGCGAAUGGUGGAACGAUCGAGGAACAAAAAAGAGAAACGACCGUGCAUCGACUAUUUCUACUCGCUGAAGAACGUAUCGUUCUGUGCGUUCCAUCCGAGGGACCACCGUUACAUUGGGUUCAUCACGAAGCAUCCGACGGUGCAGCGUUUCGCCUGUCACGUGUUCCAGGGCACAGAAUCCACCAGACCAGUAGCCGAAGCUGUUGGGAGAGCAUUCCAACGGUUCUACCAAAAGUUCAUAGAAACGGCAUAUCCGAUAGAGGACAUUUACAUAGAGUAG